AUGUCUACUGCCGAGCUCGCUUGCUCCUACGCCGCCCUCAUCCUCGCCGAUGAUGGCGUCGAGAUCACCGCCGACAAGAUCCAGACCCUCCUCGGUGCUGCUAAGGUCGCCGAUGUUGAGCCCAUCUGGACUUCCCUCUUCGCCAAGGCUCUUGAGGGCAAGGACAUCAAGGACCUCCUGACCAACGUCGGCUCCGGUGGUGCUGCUGCCCCCGCUGCCGUUGGCGGUGCUGCUGCCGGUGCUGCCGCUCCCGCCGAGGCUGCUGCUGAGGAGAAGAAGGAAGAAGAGAAGGAGGAGUCCGACGAGGACAUGGGCUUCGGUCUGUUCGACUAA